AUGACUUCCUUGCUUCAGAAUAUUCGUCGUAUCGCUGGACAACAAGCAGCAAAAGUAUUUGAAGGUAAGAAAUUGUCCUUUUCUUGUGAGUUUAUUCCAUAUAAUUUUCAUCUGAAGUUGAGCAACCAGAAGCUUUACUGUAUAUUAAAUAUUUAUUAAAAUCAUCAUGACUGCUCAUUAUAUAAUAUUUAUGCAUAAAUGCUAUUAAAUAGAUUCAGUCGGGAUUCUGUUCUUCUCAAUAUUUCACAGAUGCUGAAAUUUGCAUUGACGAAGAUCUAUCACAAUUGUGCUACGAAAGUAUAAAGGAACUCUUUCCUGAAGAAGGGGCAAAAACGUUGCUAUUAAGGUCCAAAAUUUGGAAAAUCAUAUCAUCUCCUCCAUCAGUUGUAAGUAGUAUUAAAUGGUUGUAUUAUUAAUUUUAAUAAUUGAUAUGGCACUGAAACACUGUGAAUAUUUCAGACCAACAAAAUAUUGUGAGAAAAUCAUAAUUUUAACCGAGUGGGUUGUCUGUACUGGUGGGCAAAAACGAACGUGAGUUACUCCGACGCCAAGUACAGCCUGCAGAAAACCUCACAUACUUUAGUGGAUGCCAGCUUAAAGCCUGCCCAAUCUCGCAAGCCAGACUCUUUAUCUGAGCUUGCGCUACAGAAAAGACCCUGGUUCAUUCUGGUCAUGUGGCAUGAAAGUCUGACAUCUUGAAAUGUCUUGCCAGAAAAUCAGUUGUUACAUACAGUUUGCUAUUUGAAGCUCCCUGAACGACCGAUUCAGUUUAUAAAUAUGAAUCAGUCGUAUAAACUAAAUCGGUCGUUCAGGCAGCUUCCAAGAGCAAACUGUAUGUAACAACUGAUUUUCUGGCAAGACAUGUCAAGAUAUCAGACUUUCGGAAUCGUAUCUUUAAAUAUAGCAACUGACAAAGGUAGUAAUUAAUAGAUUAUUACUAGUUUUAUAAUAUUGUCUAUUUUAUACUGUAAAAUACUGUUGAUAUACUCUGUUUUGUAUUGCACUCACUCCUUGCAUGUGGUCUGAAGUAUGACACUUUUCCCCUCACCCCUUAUAGGAAAUAAAUUUCAAAAGUGUCACAUGACCAAACUGAUCCAGAGUCUUUGCCAUAGCCGAAGCACAGGUAAUGAGCAUGGCUUGCAAGGUUGCUUAACAGACACUUAGUUGUUUGCUUAUGAGAGCCAAUCAGAAUCAAUUUCCACAGUGUGCAAAACAACUCAAAGGGCACAGCCUAAUGCUAAUCGGUCACAGCUGUAGAAUAUUUGGUGUUUUUCAUGGACAAAAAUACUAUUAAUGUCUUUAAUCGUUAAUCAGCACACCUGUGUGAUUAAUUUUAAUCGGCAUGAUUUUUAACCAAUCAGAAUCCAGUUAAUUAACUAAAAUGAUGAAUUAAUUCCUGUUUGUUAAUGUCACUCUAUUAAUGCAUUCUUCAAAAUUCUAUAAGGAAUUGUCUGAGACAUCCAGCUCUGGAUCUUGGAAUAGCAAGACUGACUCGCCAAGAUAUGUUGAAAGUUUAAAAGUUACCCACCUGUCACACCAUCUGCAGCUAAAUCUAGCCCAGCCUCACAAGCAUGCACUUCAGGCAAGCUUAGAUUAAAUUCACCAGAGUACACGAUUUCCCAGGACAGAGAUAUUGUUGCGGCUGCAGAAUCAGGAUCGAUUCCACAAGAAUUACGACACAGGCUUGUCAGAGCAACAAUAAGUAAUAUGGCAGCUGUUGCAUUCAGCAACCCUUUUAACAGACUUCCAAGUAAUUCAGAGAUUAAAGAGAUGGCAAAAUCACUUCUAUUAACAUAUCCAUGCCUCAGUGACUCAGAAAUUGGUGAGGUAAGUCCUCACUGAGGUUAAAACCCAUUAACCGCCAGUACUCUACCACCGGCGAGAAAAAUUGUCUGGCAUUAGACGGAGUAUAUACUAAAGUACGGCACAUUGCAUGCCAAUGGGUGAAGUGGCAAUGCAUCUUGAAGCGUCAUAACAUAUUAUUUUACUCUGUCUAACACCGGACAAUUUUACUCGUGUGGAGAGAGCCGCCAUUAAGGGAAAGUACAUUUAUUACACCGAGGGAGGGGGGUGAAGAUGUCUUGAAAAAAGCUCAUAUUUUUACAGGGCCCCUGUUGAGGUUAUCGGUAAAUUUCGAUGCCCCCCCUCAAAGUUUUUAAAAUUUUCAAUGCCCCCCCUCUAGAAUUCGGAAUCGAAGGAGUACAUUCCGGAAUUCUCUCUUAUCAUAGAUACAAUUUGCAGUUCCUCAAGAUGUCUGAUAUACUCAAGUGCUUCUCCUCAACAAAACUACCGAUCUGCUGCUUCUUUCAUCUCACUAGCGCCAGAUGAAAUGGCACUGUCUUUAAAACAUUUUAAAUUGGCUCUAGGGGUGGAAUUAUCAACAGGUUGUUGUUGUCCAUCAUUGAGCGUAUUCGGAGUCUUGAACACAUUCAUGUAGUGGCCAGGAUUUGCUGGAUCAGGGUAAUGUGCUGGAACCUUACAGUAUCUUGCCCCCACCCAACGCAUCUCCCGGCAUCUGUUGCAAAUGCCUUUGCAUGCCUGUCAAAAAUGCAUGCAAAAGUGCCAGUAUGCUUCAAUUUCUUUAAUUUCCAUCCCGUUUGUACGAAAUAUCCCAUAAACAUACAACAUAUCAUUCUUGCAAAUUGUAUAUGGUGCAAAAAAAUUUAAAAUAAGCUAUAGGUGAUUUCAUGUAUCCAUUUAGAAGAGCAGACUAAGGAUAUCUUAAAACUGAAAUCGGUUUCGAAUACAACCAUCAGGAACGUAGCAAAGCAUCUGACGUUUGGGGUGGGGGGGGGGGAUGUCAGAGGAUUAUACGUGUAAUAAUUAUAAUAAAGCUUUUUGUGAUUGAUUGGCACUCUUAUACUAAGUUUUGGGAGAAAAGGGGUGUCUGGGGGUCCUCCCCCAGAAAAUGUUUACAUUUUCAAAGCUCUAGGACUGAAUUUCUGGCGUUUUCUAAAGCAAAUUUUGCAAACAAAUUGCAUGUAAAUUGACUGUAUUUUACAAAAAUGGUUAUCAUUUCACAAAAAUAAUUACUUUAUUAUGCAAAUUUUACCUGAAACUGAUGUAAAAAUUUAACUUUAAUUUGCUGGGGUCAAACCUUUGAAAAGUUUAGAGCCCCCCCUUCAGUAUAUCAAGAACUUUCAGAGCCCCCCCCUUUAAAGCCAGAAAAUAUUUCGGAGCCCCCCUUAACAUCUUCAUCCCCCCCCCUCGGCAUAAUAAAUGUACUUUCCCUAAAUGACUUAAGGUGGUGGCUCCCUAUUGUGGUGAAAAAAACUGCAGUGAAAAAUAAGAUCUUCACAAAGAUGCAAAAUAUUUUGCUAUUUAUACGAAAUAAGGCACUUUUCGGAAGUAUAACGGUUGUGUAAUCCUUAUACUUCAAGUAUAAAAGUUCCAAAGAAGCAAAUUGUGUGUUGCUAUGGUAACUAUUAUACAACAGCAGUUGAAGAUUAAAUUUUAGACUAAAAAUGAAUUAAAUAUGGAGAUAGCGUAGCCAGGUUUAGACAUAAUUAAAUACAUAAACGUUCUCUGACUAAAAUUUUUAUUUAAAAACGAGCUUUCGACUACCUAACUGUAGUCUUCGACGGGUAAAGCGGAAUGAAUUAUUAUUAAAUUACAAGCGUGCAUGUGUUAGGUGAUAUAUAUAUAUAUAUAUAACAGGAAGUGCAAGAUAUGUGUGUUAAUUGA